AUGAUGCUAUGGAUGCGAAAAGAAGACGUCGCGUUCCUGAUACUGGCUUGCGACGGUUUGUGGAAAUCGUUUGACAACGAGGAGGCGAUCAGUUAUGUGAAUGAGUUACUGGGCAAGUCAGUUAAGCGUACUGCGGAGUUGUAUGCGGCCCUUAAAAAACCUCGAGAGCUCCAUAAGAUGUAUAAGCUCGAUUUCAAACUUUCAGCGUCUUGUUGUUCAUCGAAUCUCUCACUGAACCUCCAUUCGAAAGAGGCGCCUGACGACUUCUGUUUCAAGCGUACACGAUGCAAUGACAAGAUUGACAAAUCGCUUCGAUCUAUGCCAGAAUCGGCACAGCGUGAAUUUUUCCCGAUCCUCAUCCACUCGGCCAACGCGAGUUCAGACUUAUCCACUCCGCCACUAAUAGCAUGCGGAUAA